CAAAAUCGAUUUUUAGUGUUCUGUGAAAAUCAAAAGUCAAGUGUCGUCUGUUAUCCUAUCCCUUAAUUCAGAACUUCAAAUCGCCAAGCAUACCUGGAAUUUUCAGUAAUGGAACUUCACUACGUCAUUUGGGUUGUAUCUUGUAUAAUUAUUAUCACAUCAAGUAUUUCAGGAGAGUUCAUCAACAAUCAGCACCAGACGGAAGGAGCUAAGAUGAAGAAACACGACGUGUGGUGCUACAAGUGCGAUACCAUGGAUGAUGGUGACAGAUGCAGCAACCUUUCAGCUGGCAACGAGUCUAAGCUUGUCUACAAGUGUCCUGAGCAUCGAACCAUUUGCAUGGUGAAGCGAUAUUCUUACACAACAAGUACUGAAAACUCCACAUCAGUUCUUCGCAUGUGGUCGCUGGAGCGCAACUGCACAAGUCGUUGUGAGCCCGGCUGCAUUGUAAUUGGUGAACGGACAAAGUUGUAUGCUUGCACAACGUGUUGUGAGCGGUCUUUGUGUAACACGGGGACUGGGGGAGCUAGUUCAUUGAGGUUUAAUAUUUUAACAGACAUAUUAAUACCAGCAAUCUUACCUAUGUCUAUGAGGAUUAAUAGACUCAUCCGGUAAGCCUCAUAGUCAUAAUUUUUAAUGAUUUUAUCUUGUCUUGACAUUUUUAUACUCUAGUACUAAAAAUCUUAAUAUUUUGAGUUACCAUUGUUACCGUUACCAUCUAAGGCCGCCUCUGUGUAUGUAAGAGUAGCCAUCUCCGAUCCAAAAGCUAUCUUCAGAAAGGAUGACAACUUAAAGUGCCAAACUUAUGCCAAUAGUUUGAAUAGUUUUCAAUUUCUCAAAUGUUUAAUUUUUGAUGAUGGAUUCAAAAAGGGGUUGUAUUUAUAGAGGGCUUGCUAACGUCUACAUGAUUUGUAAUUUGUAAAAUUUAUUUUUUUGUUAUUCAUCAUCCACCAAGUUCUCCGUACCUUUCCAUACAUUUAUCAAUUUUUUAUUAGAUAGGUGAGUUGGACUCCAAACCACACUCAGGUCAAGACCAUUAUCUCCUAGAUAGAAUCUGCACCCAUUAUUAAUCAACUAUAAUCUUUAUUAAACUGAUAUUCAUUGCAUUAUUAAAGCCAUUAUUUUCCAAGCCUCUACAUUGCAAAAAUUACUGUUUAUCAAUCAAUUUAUCAAACGGAAGAAAAUUAUUUAACAAACUACCAACUAAUAUUCAAAACUUAAAAUUAAAAGAACUAAAAAAAAUGUUAAAAAAAUCGUUACUGAAAA